AUGGCCAACUGGAUUAUUAACAAUGGGGUUACUUGUGUCACACUGGUGGUGUGGAUGGGCAUCAAUAUCUUUCUAUUUGUCUGGUUUUAUCUCUUCUACGACUUGGGAGAUCAGUUUUUCUACACGCGGCAUCUUUUAGGGUCUGCUCUCGCGUGGGCCAGGGCCCCUGCCGCCGUGUUGAACUUCAACUGCAUGCUCAUCCUCCUCCCCGUGUGUCGCAACUUGUUGUCUCUUAUACGUGGAUCGCUUGUGUGCUGCAGUCGCAGUUUGAGGAAGCAGCUGGACAAAAAUCUGGAAUUCCACAAGCUGGUGGCGUACAUGAUCGCCCUGAUGACAGCCGUUCACGUUAUUGCUCAUCUCCUGAACGUGGAGUGGUACAACAACAGCAGACAAGGCGUUUACGACGCACUCAGCACGGCGUUGUCAAACCUGGAGGACACGGACAACACCACCUACCUCAAUCCCAUUCGAAUAACAACACUGGACCCCCAGCAAAUUCCCACUUACUUGGUGUUCACUACCAUCGCGGGCAUUACGGGGGUCAUCAUCACACUGGCCCUCAUCCUGAUCAUCACAUCCUCCAUGGAGGUCAUCCGCCGCAGCUACUUUGAGGUCUUCUGGUACACUCACCACCUCUUCAUCAUCUUCUUCGCCGGCCUAGUCAUUCACGGCGCUGGGCGCAUCGUCAGGAGUCAGAGCGAUGAACCGCCGCACAACUUCACCAUCUGCAAGGACCGCAGCGCCGAGUGGGGGAGGAUUCCAGAGUGUCCCGUUCCGCAGUUUGCGGGUGGCUUUCCACAGACAUGGAUGUGGGUGAUCGCUCCCAUGCUUCUUUACCUAUGCGAGCGGCUGCUGCGUUUAGUCCGCUACUUGCAAGCGGUCCGAUACCGAAAGAUUGUCAUGCAUCCAUCCAAGGUGCUGGAGUUGCAACUAGUCAAGAGUGGCUUUAAAAUGGAGGUGGGCCAGUACGUGUUCCUCAACUGCCCGGCCAUCUCGCAGCUGGAGUGGCACCCGUUCACUAUGACCUCAGCCCCCGAGGAGGACUUCUUCAGCGUGCACAUCCGCUCGGCCGGAGACUGGACGGAAAAACUCAUCAGCAUCAUGCAGCAGCUGCCCGAAGGCGCGCAAGGACCCAAAAUGGGCGUGGACGGGCCUUUCGGUACGGCUAGCGAGGACGUGUUCGACUACGAGGUCGCCAUGUUGGUGGGCGCCGGAAUCGGCGUCACCCCCUUCGCCUCUAUCCUCAAGUCCAUCUGGUACAAAUUCAAGGAAUCCAACCCCGUCCUGCGUACACGGAAGAUUUACUUCUACUGGCUGUGUCGAGAGACCAACGCCUUCGAGUGGUUCGCUGACCUUUUGCAAGUCCAAGAGAGGGAGAUGGAGGAGAGGGGCAUUGGAGAUUUCCUCACCUACAAGCUAUUUCUAACCGGAUGGGAUCAAAGCCACGCCAAUCACGCCAUGGUGCACUUUGACCAGGACACCGAUGUAGUCACCGGACUCAGACAGAAAACUCACUAUGGAAGGCCCAACUGGGAUAAGGAGUUUGAGCAAGUCCGCAAAGAAAACCCCUCGGCGGUGGUGGGGACAUUCCUGUGCGGUCCGGCUGCUUUGGCCGAUGUCUUGUCCAAGAGAUGUGCCAAAUACUCAGACGUGGACCCGCGCAAGACAAGGUUCUACUUCAACAAGGAGAAUUUCUGA